AAAUCAGUUCUGUAUGAAAUUUUAACCAGUUUGUUUUGUACUUUAUUUCAUCAACAAAAUGCCGAAAGCCGAUAUGCUCAUGAAGCUGCUGAAAAGCAACAACAAAGGCUUCAAUACAGUCUUACAGCAGGUGAAAAUUAUCUCUGCGAGUGAUGGAAAUUGCCAAGCCACUUUUAAGGUGUCACCUGAUAGUGUUAACAUGUUUGGUACUUUGCAUGGAGGCAUUUCUGCAACAUUAGUGGAUGUUAUUUCCAGUUUAGCUUUAAAAUCACAUCCACUUGGUGAUAGGAAAAGUGUGUCCACUGAUAUACACAUGACUUAUUUAAAGUCUGCUGCUAUUGGAGAAGAGAUACUGAUUAAUGUUAAACCAUUAAAAGUUGGAAAGCAAAUUGCACAGCUCUAUGUGGAAAUCUUAAACAAUGCAAAUAAAGAUUUGCUGGUCAAGGGGAUGCACACAAAGUUCUUGAUGGCUGAUAAAAUAAAGGAUAUUAUGAAACUGAAUAGACGCAUGCAACUUGUUUUUCUGAUUGUUAUUGGUUCACAAUUAAUUAACAAAAUGCCUAAGGCAGAUUUUAUUAUGAAGAUGAUUAACCAGUGCAAGGGCUUUGAUGCCCUCACUAAAAAUGUGAAAUAUUUGUCUGCUAACAAUGGUAAUUGCCAGGCUACCUUGAAAGUAGAACCUGAACACACAAAUCCUUUAGGUGGGCUACAUGGAGGUUUCUCUGCAACCCUUGUCGAUAUAGUUUCUAGCAUGGCUUUAGUCACACAUAAGUAUGGAGAAGUACCUAGUGUAUCAGUGGACAUGCACAUGUCGUACUUAAAGUCAGCAACUGUUGGUGAUGAAUUAGUUAUAAAUGCAAAAACUUUGAGGGUUGGGAAAACCUUGGCCUUCUUGGAGGUUGAAAUUUUGAAUAAUGCCACCAAAGAUUUGUUAGUCAAGGGCAGUCACACAAAAUUCCUGAUGAAACCUAAAUAAACUAAACAUCGUAUCUU